AUGCGGCCUCUCUUAACCCUUUCCUUUCUCCCCCUUCUCCUCACUGUCGCCUCUCUCUCCCCCCUCACAACCGCAUCACCAGCUUCUCAAGCCCUUUCCCCCAACCCACCCCCACCCAACCCCUCCUCCCUCCCCCACCGCACCCUCGCCGGCAUCCGCGUCGUCGACACCCCCAUCGUGCGGGACGCCGAAGCCCUGGCCAAGAAGUACUCGCCCGGCAGUUACAACCACAUCAUGCGGUGCUGGCUGUGGGGCGCGCUGCAGCUGCGGCACGACGCGACGCUCGCGGCGCAGGUGGACCUCGAGGUGCACGCGGUGGGGCUGAUGCUGCACGACCUGGCGUCGGACCACAACCUGUCGCACCCCUUCGUCAGCGCCGACCGCCGCUUCGAGGUCGACUCGGCCAUCGCCGCCGCCGACUUCAUCCGCGCCCAUCACGACGGUAGGAAAUGGCCGGACUGGCGCGUGCAGAGGGUGUGGGAUGGGAUCGCGCUGCAUGCGGAGCCGAAGCUGGCGCUGUACAAGGAGCCGGAUGUGUUUGCGAUUUAUUGGGGGAAUGAGAUGGACUGGUCGUAUGGGAGGUCCGGGGGGCAGAGGAUGGGCAUUACGGAGGAGGAGCAUGCGGCGGUGAUGGAGGCGUUCCCGAAUGGGGAUAGUGGUGGAGACUCGGAUGGGCCGAGCGCGGGGUUGUUGUGGUUCAUUGCGUGGUAUUGCAAGUAUAAGCCGGAGAGUACUUAUGGCGUAUGGGGAUGUGGUGCCGGGUUAUUCACCGGUUGGACAUAG